GUGACCCAAACUUGUUACACACGGCAGCGGCUCCUCCUCCCGCCGCCGCCGCCCCCGCGGGGAGGAGGGGGCUCGCCCAGGCGCGGGGUCGCGGCGUGGAGCUGCGCAGUUUCACAGCUGUUGAAGACAAGGAGGGGAAGACUACAGGAUUUCUAUUUGAUGAGCUUUUCACCUGAGAAAUUUUGUCCAGCUCCAGGUUUUGUAGUGCCCUUGUCCUUCUUGGACCGUGAGAAAGGACGUGUUUCUGACUGUUCCCCAGCUCCAGACGCAUGCAGGAGGCUCCGAGGGGCAGCAGCAUCGUUUAUUUCUGCAAAGAUCAGAAGAAUGCUCUCAGUUGUGCUCAGCAGCUCUACAGCCUGUGGAGAGUGUGGGCAGUCUCUGUAUGCAGCAUCCUGGAAAAUGUGCUUUCCCUUGAAGUGAUUUGCUGAAAAGCACGUACUUCUACAGUUGUUCCAGCCUGCUUUGUUGCACUGCUCUCAAGGUCUGAAAUGCCUGUUCUCUAAUACUCCCUGGGAUUUGAAUUUCUUCUGCCAAAGAAACACUACCUGCUGCAGUUAUCCAAGGAGCCCCAAAGAGCAAGGAUGCUGAAGAUGGCUCUGUGUACUUUUUAUGCCCUUUGGGGUUUGUUACUGGGAGUGGCAGUAGCAUUUGGACCGGUACCAAGGAUCACUUGGGAACACAGAGAGAUCCAGCUAAUACAUUUUCAUGAAUCAGAAGUGUCAAACUAUUCAACCUUGCUGUUAAGUGAAGACAAAGAUGUUCUGUAUGUAGGAGCCAGAGAAGUUAUCUUUGCAUUAAAUGCUGCAAACAUUGCUGAAAAGCAGCAUGAGUUACACUGGAAGGUUACUGAAGAUAAAAGGACUAAAUGUGCAGUCAAGGGCAAAUCAGAACAGACAGAGUGUCGUAAUUACGUGCGUGUCUUGCAACAGCUGAAUGAUACGUUUCUCUAUGUGUGUGGAACUAGUGCGUUUCAGCCAACGUGCGAUUACCUGAAUUUAAUUUCAUUUGAACUUGGAGGUAAAAAUGAAGAUGGUAAGGGCAGAUGUCCAUUUGAUCCUGCUCAAAGCUACACAUCUGUUAUGGUUGAUGAGGAGCUUUAUUCUGGGACCUCAUACAAUUUCUUGGGAAGUGAACCUAUCAUUUCACGGCACUCUCAUCAAAGCCCUCUGAGAACGGAGUAUGCAAUACCUUGGCUGAAUGAGCCCAAUUUUGUUUUUGCUGAUGUGAUAAGAGCGGAUCAAAACAGCACAGACGGAGAUGAUGACAAGAUAUACUUCUUUUUCACUGAGGUGUCUGUGGAGUAUGAAUUUGUUGGAAAACUGAUGAUUCCAAGAAUAGCUAGAGUGUGCAAGAGGGACCAAGGAGGAUUAAGGACCUUGCAGAAAAAAUGGACUUCUUUUCUCAAGGCCAGAUUAAUUUGUACCAUCCCUGAUAAGAACUUAAUUUUCAACAUCAUCAAUGAUGUUUUUAUUCUCAAGUCUCCAACUUUGAAGGAACCAGUGAUAUAUGGAGUCUUCACCCCGCAACUGAAUAAUGUGGGGCUGUCAGCAGUGUGUGCAUAUAAUCUAUCUACUGUAGAAGAGGUUUUCUCAAAAGGAAAAUACAUGCAGAGUGCUACAGUAGAACAGUCUCAUACAAAGUGGGUACGAUACAAUGGAGAAAUUCCUAAUCCUCGACCUGGUGCGUGUAUAAACAAUGAAGCUAGAGCAUCAAACUACAUGAGUUCUCUGAAUUUACCAGACAAAACAUUGCAGUUUGUUAAAGAUCAUCCUCUAAUGGAUGACUCGGUGACUCCGAUGGGAGACAGACCUCGAUUAGUAAAACGAGAUGUGAAGUAUACUCAGAUUGUAGUCGACAGAGUCAGAACGCUCAAUGGCACCAUGUAUGAUGUUAUGUUCAUCAGUACAGAUCGGGGAGCCCUGCACAAAGCUAUCAGCUAUGAAAAUGGAAUGCAUAUUAUUGAAGAAACACAGCUUUUUUCAAACUUUGAACCAGUCCAAACUCUCUUGCUUUCAUUCAAAAAAGGCAGAAAAUACCUCUAUGCUGGUUCCAAUUCUGGUGUGGUUCAGUCUCCAGUGGCAUUCUGUGACAAGUACACCACUUGUGUGGACUGUGUUUUAGCAAGGGAUCCUUAUUGUGCUUGGAAACCCCUCGAAGCUUCCUGCGUUGAUAUUUUUAAAGAAAGUGAAAUUAAAAGGAACUGGAUUCAGAACAUAGGUGGAGAUGCGUCAUCUUGUUCUGAUAAAGUAAGAGAGAAUUCCCUACAGCAUACAUUCAAGCAUGGGAGCACAGCAGAACUCAAGUGUUCUCAAAAGUCCAAUCUGGCACAGGUAGUUUGGAAGUUCAAAGAUGAUGUGCUGAGAGUGGAGAGCCCCAAGUAUCGUCUGCUGGAAAAGGCGCUGCUCAUCUUCAAUUUAUCAGAAGGAGACAGUGGUGUUUACCAGUGUUUAUCGGAAGAAAAAGUGAAGAAUAAGAAAUUUUCUCAAGUCCUGGCUAAGCAUGUUUUGGAACUGAAAAAGAUCCACCAUACUACAGUGGGCCCCACUGUAGCAGCUGCUCCAACAGAAGGUAAUAGCGAUGUGCCAAAAGUGUCUGCUGUAUCAACAGAGAGGUCUACUGCUCACACCUUGACCACUCAGGUAGUACCGGUAACCACAGCAAGGAUAGUAACUAAGCCCAUUGACCCUGUCCUAACGAGUGCAGCCUCCAACACGGAGCUCUUCAAUUCAAUUCCUGAUGUUGUCCCAGAAAAGACUAUGUUCCUCAAAUCAAAUGAUAACUUCCUGUUGAUGUUCCUCUUCCUCUUCUUUUUUAUUCUCUUCUUGUGCCUGCUCUCCUACAACUGUUACAAAGGGUACUUGCCAGGGCAGUGCUUGAAAUUUCGCUCUGUCAUGCUGCUUGGUAAGAAGAAAACAAAGUCAGAUUUUUCUGAUUGUGAGCAAAGUGUGAAGGAGACACUGGUGGAGCAAGGCAGUGUCAGCCACCAGAGCGGGGAGCAGCCGAAGCCAGCACAUGAUACUGGCUAUGAGACUGAGCCUGAUUGUGGGAACAGCCAGCUGCAGCCUGGGGAUUCGCAGGCAUCCCGAGAGGACAAGGACAAGCCCUUCGAUGUCAAGUGUGAGCUCAAGUACGCCGACUCGGAUGUGGAGGGGGACUGAAGGACCCAGUCAUCCAUUUCAGUGGUGGAAAUCGGCUGUGCUUCUGCGGCUAGCUGUUUGAGCACAGAGAGCGUGGGUGUGACAGCUGAGCCAUAGUGGGGAUAACUUGCUUAAGCUGUACAGCAAGCCAAUUUGCAUUCAGAUCUUGCCGGAUUAGAGAAGCAGUGUUCUUGUCUGCAGACUGUAGCAUCCUGUGUUGUACUUACUUUGUUGGUUUUAUUUUUUUUUUUCCAAAAAAUGGCCAGUUUCAGAUCACCAUUUGUUUGUUCCAAAUUUUCUGCCCACUGAGCACUUCGCUGUGGUAAACAGUUACUUGCUUGUUCUUCAGCCCUGUUCUUCCAGAGGAUAAAAAUAACUUUCUAAUUCAGUUGGCUUUAAAAAGUGCUUCAGUCUACACAUACUAGCUGCCAUUAAAAAAAGACCUAGUUUCAUUUUAAUUCCAAAUUGGAAAUUAAGUUUAGUUUAUCAGAUUGGUAAAUUAUAGACUUUUGUCCAGAUUGGGACAUCUUUUUUCUUUGCUUCUAGUGAUUAUUUUUAGUUUUACGCUUUGUGUUUUGGCACACUAGGUCUCUUCAGUAGGUUAAAGUUAAUGUUUUUAACUGCUUUUUAACUAUCUUACAUUUUAAGAUGUAAUGGGGAUAGCAUUGGCUUGAUUUGUGUAAGACUCUCAGGGAUAAUCUUGUUUAAAAGCUUUUUUCCUUUGCUGCUUUCUAGACAUUUAGCUACAAGAGUAUCAGUACAAAACAUGGAAUAAGGGGGGAGGGAAGGGAGGAAGUAAUAGAUUUAGGAGUGCUUUUCCUUUUUUUCUCACACCCACCCCCCACCAUCAAGCUGGACAUAGUAACGUUCUUUUUUUUCUAUAAAAAACUGGAAUUUUUUUUGUGGUUUUUUUUUUUUCCUUAAUGAAAUGGUACAGACAAGCAGCUGUGAGUUAGCAAUGUCAUGGGGAGAGGUUUUUUUGCACUGUGGAAGUGGAACAGGAAUCAAGAAGAAUUAACUGCAAUAAUUCAGCCGGUGACUGGCUGGAAUGGACUGUUAGGAUACAGCCUGAUGAGAAAAUAUUGCAGAUUUUUUGUUAUUUUUUUUUUUUUCAGAUUCAGAAAUAAUUCAGCUUCUUUUUGUGACAAAUCUUUGCAGCGUCACCCUUUCUGGAUGACACCUUCCAAUCUCCUAUGCAACUGGAGACUGAAACUGGAGCUGCUCAAACAAUCAGUCGUUUGAACUGUUUAUGUGAAUCAUGCCUGCAAACGUGAAAGUGUGCAUUUGUUUUCAGCCUGGUUCACAGCAGCACUGUUUGUCUGUAAAAGCAUUUUGUGCGGUACAGUCCUGAAGAGUUGUUCCUCUCACUGCAUCUUUCUGUAAAUAUUGCUAGAAGUAGAGUACAUUUUAACAGUAAAUAGCAGUAUGCCUUGGCUGCUUUUCUAUGUCGAAUUUUCAUGCAAACAUAAUUUAGACCAUCUUAGUGUAAACGGUUUAUAUUUUAUAAGAUUCAGUUUGGUUUUAUUUUUCUAUUUUUAAUUGUGUACAUAUAACAGAAUAAAUAUUAAAAUAAAUUGCAUUAUAUCUUGACUUCAUGAAACUUGACACAAUGACACUGCUUUCCAUGUUACAAAUACUAGUGUUCCUUGUGGUUUUCUUUAAGAGGGAAAAGUGAAAACUUUUGUAGUUAAUUUGGAGCAGACUCUCCUCUCAGCUUUGUUUGAAUGGUUUAUAACCUGGCGUGGAGUAGGGGGAGGUGGUGAGGCGUGAUUGAAAGAUUGGAGAAGGAAACAUGGGUGAAAUAGGAAAGGGCCCUUCUCUAGGGGCCUAGGGACACUUCCUCUUGAUACCCUUCUAAAAUUCAUUUGUCUUUUUGCAUUAUUUCUUCAGUGUGUGAUGUAUUUCUUACAACCUUUUUCCUUA